CGCAGCAAGCCGAACAAAGGACAAGCAGCAAAGCAUGCGUGCUCUACUCCCGGUGGGUUGGCAUGAUUGGUGUAUAUGAAGAUCGACAAGAUCGUAGAGAUACGGGUAUUGAUGCUGUGGGAUACGGGAGGACGAAUUCAUCUGGAAAUGAUGCAGAGAGUGAAGAGGAGGUGGGAAGUAAUGGUUAUGAUGAACCCGACACUAGAGCGCGUUCGGGUAGAUAUGAUAAUAGCAUCAUGCACUACAGAGAAGAUGCGGAUAAUCCAAUGAUUCAAUUUGAAGGUGAUCCACAGGUAGGGAAUAACAGACAAGGAGAUUGCCAUGGGAAUGGCAAUGGGUUUUCAAUGAGAAGACCAAAUGGGAAUGGGAACCUGAGCAGAAAUAACUCGUUUUGGAGGAUGGGAUCUUCACGGGGAUCUGACCUGUCGGAACCUUUAUUGGGUGGAGAAGGUCCAGUACCUUCGGAGAGGGAUAUGUUUGCAGCCAUUUGGUUUAAGGUGGUCGAACAUUCUACAAACUGCAUCCGACAGCCAAGGUUUCGGAGCAUUAUAUCCCCGAAAGACGUUCGCGAGGGAAUCCCGGACGCGAAUUCGCCAAAAGGGUGAAGUGAGAGGGAGAUUCAGUUGCUCCAAAAAAAACCGUCCGCUUUCCAUUUGCUUGUGCAUGUUGUUUGCCUAGGAUAGUGACGACAUAACUUGUUUGCUCGAUGAGAAAAAGUUGAAAUCUGAUGGGGUAAUUGCUAACCCUGAUGGGUCGAUACGGGUCAGUAGAAUUUGACAAGGUUCUUGGUAGACUACUUGAUAGUGAUGCGGUCUUGGCGCAUGACAGUUGAUGAUAGGGGCUGAGUUAAAUGGGAAUAACAGACCGGCCUAAAGUCGGAGUGGAAAAGGAACUUUUCGACUGACUGAAGAAGGAGAUACUCAUUGUGUUCUUUGAAUAGAUGGUAUGAAAAUUGUUAUUGUUUAGUAGUGGAGUAGUAGUAGUGUAUUGAUGGAUAGAGGCGCUUCACAGAAUGAACACACAGGAUGCCUUUCGAAGAAUGCGGGGACUCGAGGGAGAUGUUUUAAGGGAAAAAAGAAGUGUUCGGAGGGGGCAGGGGGGGGCAGGGGCUUGCGUAGAUUUGAUUUGAUCCGUCUGUUGAACAUGUUGGGUCACAUAUCGAUUCUGCAGCAGUGUUAACAGCAAACUAACAUGAUGCUGCGGGGUCUACAGGACCACAUAGGCGGACGGUGCUCUUGCCGUGUGGUGCUUCGGUAGUGCGGGGGAACACAAAUUAAUCGUUGGAGAUGGAGAUGGUGCAAGGGAAUAGGGAGAUCAACCAACUCAUUUGGUAGAAAUCAUAUGGGAUAUGAGCAGCAGGGAGAGCCACAGGGGAUCCCGAGGGGGUCUGCCGAACUUGUCAGGAUGGGAUCUGGUUUCUCCAUUUGAGUUGUUUGCACCCUUUCGGGAGGGAAAACCGGGGCGGCUCCGAUGAUAGAAGAUGAACAGAAGGCACGGCAUUUCUGUGGAAAUGUGGGGGUGUGAGAGGGGGAAAGUGGUUUACUUUGUGUUCGGUAGCGUGAUUUUUCUGUGUGCGACAAUUGUUCCGACUGUUGGACUGUCUUGUAUUGUUGGUGUAGGGUCAUUACUUUUCUGUGAUAACCGAUUACGUUACGGGAAUGGGGUUGUGAUGUCUAUAUGGCCUUGUGUGUCUGUGUCAGGGUGAGUCGGUGGCACGGCGGUGUAUGUCCGCAUGAAGUAUAGACUGGUGAGAUGAAUUUGGUCCGUUUUUCUAAGCUAGUUUGCACCGCGGUUUUGUGCAUUAGCAGCAAAAAGGGCAUCUUUAGGACCUUUUGUUGGUGUGGUGUAUUCGGUUUUGUGCAUUAGCAGCAAAAGGGGCAUCCUGAGGAGCUUUUGUUAGUGUAUUUUGACAGGCAGCCGACAGGUUGGCAUCCGUGGAUGGAAGGAGCGACAAUGGUCUGGGAUCCAGUGUUUUCUGCCCCAUGCACAUCAGGAUCCCCUGUGGCUCAUAUGUCUACCACUGACAGAUCGAUCCUGAAUAUAUUCAGUGUCAUCAGAGUGCACGGUGGUGUAUGUCCGCAUGAAGUAUAGACUGGUCUGAUGAAUUUGGUCUGUUUUUCUAAGCUAGUUUGCACCUCGGUUGUGUGCGUUAGCAGCGAAAAGCAUUUUUAGACUUCAGGAGCUUUAAUUCAUGUAUUUUGACGAGCAGCCGACAGCACAGAUGGAACCAGCGACAGUGGUCUGGGAUCCAGUGCUCUGUGCCCCGUGCACAUCGGGAUCCCCUGUGGCACGUAUGUCUCCCACCGACAGAUCGAUUCUGAAAAUAUUCAGUGUCAUCAGAGUCUGAGUUCUUCAUGAAGGGAUGUCAUGGUCUGACCAUCCCAAACAUGCCUCUUCUUGUCAUCAGAUAGUAACAGGUUAACCGGUGGUUUGUACUAGCGCUUAACCGAUCACCCCUUCGACGGAAGCGGGUGGUUUGUCCAAUCAUUUUGAGGUAUGCUCUCGGUGAAGACUUGGAUUUUAAGGGUUCCCCCUCUUGUGUCCAUCCAUCCACUAUCAUCCAGAUCG